CCUCAAAGUCUCUUCGACGGCCGUCGAACCGUAAUCUCAUCGACGAGAAUUGUGGAACCUCGACCUACGACGUCGUCGUGUGUCAGACGUACAGUUAAAAGGAACGAGAGGAAAACGAAAGAAAGAAACAGAAAUAGAAAGAAAUAGAAAGAGAAAUAAAGAACCCAAAAGAUAAAAAAAAACAAAAAAGAAACGAAAAAAAAGACAAGAGGAAGAAGAAAUAGGACGGGUAGAGAGAAAGUGGUUCCAGUUAGAGUGGUAUGCUGAUUGAACCCCGACGAUGGAAGAAACAAAUCAUAAGUCGUAAAAAAAUCGGUCUAAAUCAAUUAAAAAGAGAGGUAAUCAGAAAGGAAAAUAUGCAGGAGGGAAGGGAUAAAGGCAAGAAGGAACGUUAGGCGAGUGUGUCCCAAGUGUGCGCAGUUAAAAAUGCGCCUCCCAGUUAACAUUCGCGGUGGUAAGAAGACGACGAAGACGACGACAAGUUGUUGGAAAGAAGAAAAAAAAGGAAAGGAAGAGAAGAAAGUGGUCGGUGGUUGUAAUACUACCUAGCGCGUUAAAGGGCGGGUUACGUCCUUUGAGAGAUUCAUGCCUCGCGGAAGCUGCGAUGAUACGGAGGGACGAAGAAGAGGAGGGUCCAAAAAGGGAGAAGAAGAAGAAUGUAAAAGGCGAGCCGGACAUCGUCGUCUCCUCGGCACCUCCUACGUGCCACGAAGACGAAGAGGUAAAAGAGUGUGACGAGACCGAUGUUACGGAAGGAAAAAGAACAACAGCAACAACGACGACGACGACGACGACGACGCCGACAGCAACAACAACAGGGACGACGACGACGACGACGACGACGAAAACUGUAGCAACAACGGCAUCAACGGUAACUGUAACUGCUACAACAAAAACGGUGACUGUAACUGCAGCAACGACAACAACAGCGGCAACAGCGACUACGGUAACAUUGACGAUAACAACAACAACGACCACGACCACGAGUUCGACAACACCGGCAGCAGUAACAACGGCGAAAGAAAGUAUCAUGUGUGCCGUUGACACUAGUAUUCAAGAUGGAAACGAAAGUAGAAAAAAAAAACGUAAAAGGCGAAAAAUGCGAAACAAAACGCAAAUUCAACUGCAAGAACAACAACAAGACUUAGCGAUUCAUGCAGUAUUGAAUCUUCCAUCCUCAUCUGAAGAAGCUGUCCUCGAGGCAGCCGACGAAUGUUCGAAAAGAGAUUCAUCGAGUAGCCUUGGCGGUACCAGUAGGCACAAUACCACCCUCAGGGAAUCCUUGCUUACUGUACUAGGCAAGCUGGUUAUAUGGAAGGGCAGCAGGUAUCGUUCCGCAACUGCAGCUUCGUCCUCCUCCAGUGUGCCUCCGAAUUCGCCACCUGCCACUGAAUGUAUCGGUCGUAGUACAUCUUUUUUUUCUAGCGAAACAGAGAGGCGUAUACGCGCCAAUAAUCGCGAGUACAACUCACAGUUUAAUUAUGCGAACAACUACAUAAAAACGUCCAAGUAUUCGGUUCUGACGUUCCUACCAUUGAAUUUGUUCGAGCAAUUUCAGCGGCUCGCCAACUUUUACUUCCUAUGCCUGCUGGUGCUUCAAAUGAUACCCGCCAUAUCCUCUUUGACUCCCAUUACAACAGCUAUACCGCUCAUAGGGGUACUUAUGCUCACUGCCGUUAAAGAUGCCUAUGACGACUUUCAACGGCAUAGCAGCGAUUCGCAAGUUAAUAAUAGAAAGUCACAAACAUUGCGUGGUACUAGCCUACGUGAAGAGAAAUGGUCUCAGGUUCAAGUAGGAGAUGUUAUAAGAAUGGAAAACGAUCAUUUUGUUGCGGCAGAUGUUCUCCUUCUGUCGACGAGCGAACCAAAUGGUCUCUGUUACAUCGAAACGGCAGAAUUGGAUGGUGAGACGAAUUUAAAAUGCCGGCAAUGUUUGACUGAGACUGCCGAAAUGAUGGACAACCACGAAUUGAUUGGCCAAUUCGACGGUGAAAUCGUUUGCGAAACGCCUAACAAUUUGUUGAAUAAAUUUGACGGCACGUUAACAUGGAGAGGACGGAAAUAUGCGUUGGAUAAUGAUAAAAUCAUAUUACGAGGUUGUGUAUUGAGAAAUACACAAUGGUGCUACGGCGUGGUCAUCUUUGCAGGCAAGGAUACCAAAUUAAUGCAAAACUCAGGGAAGACCAAAUUUAAGAGGACCUCUAUAGAUAGGCUGCUGAAUCUUCUGAUUAUUGGAAUAGUGUUUUUCUUGCUUUCUAUGUGUUUGUUUUGCAUGAUCGGUUGUGGUAUUUGGGAGAGCCUAGUGGGUAGAUAUUUUCAAGUGUAUUUACCCUGGGACUCGUUGGUGCCUACCGAACCUUUAGGAGGUGCCACCGUGAUCGCUCUCCUUGUAUUCUUUUCAUAUGCUAUUGUAUUGAACACAGUGGUGCCAAUCAGUUUAUAUGUGAGUGUCGAAGUUAUCAGAUUCGUCCAAUCGUUUCUGAUUAAUUGGGACGAAGAAAUGUACUACGCGCCUACGAAUACACAUGCAAAGGCUAGGACUACUACAUUAAACGAAGAAUUAGGUCAGAUAGAAUACAUCUUUUCUGACAAAACUGGAACAUUAACGCAAAAUAUUAUGACCUUUAACAAGUGUUCUGUGGCCGGUAAAUGUUACGGUGACUCUGUCAAUGAAGUUACUGGAGAAAUCAUCGAUUUAAGCGAGACGGACAAAGCUGCACAAACUCCGACAAUGCGAUGGAAGAAUGGACAAGAAUUUGUUCGUCAAGUUUAUACUCCGCUUAGUGGUCCAAACGUGCGUCUUCUGGAGCAAGCUGACAGAAUGUCCAGUACAACACCAGAACCAGGAAUCAGUGCCAGCCCAAAGCUUCAACACAAACCUUCAACAAUGCCACCCCUGGAUUUUUCAUUUAACAAAGACUACGAGCCUGAAUUUAAAUUCUAUGAUCCUGCACUUUUGGAAGCUGUCAAGCAAGGCAAUCAAGAUGUUCACAGUUUCUUUCGCUUAUUAGCAUUAUGCCACACCGUUAUGCCAGAAGAGAAGCACGGAAAACUGGAGUAUCAAGCACAGUCGCCGGACGAAGCAGCACUUGUAUCCGCAGCAAGAAAUUUUGGUUUUGUUUUUAAAGAAAGAUCACCGAAUAGCAUAACGAUUGAAGUAAUGGGAAAACGUGAAAUAUAUGAACUACUAUGUAUUCUAGACUUUAAUAACGUUAGAAAAAGAAUGUCUGUAAUAUUGAGAAAGGAUGGUCAUCUUAGGCUUUAUUGUAAAGGAGCAGACAAUGUCAUUUACGAACGUUUGAAGAAAGAUAGUGAUGAAAUUAUGUCUAAGACUUUGGAUCACCUCAAUAAAUUUGCAGGUGAAGGUUUAAGAACAUUGUGCCUUUCAGUGAGAGAUUUAGAUGAAAGCUUCUUUAAUAAUUGGAAACAACGUCAUCAAGAAGCCGCUUUGAGUCAUGAAAAUAGAGACGACAAAUUGGACGCUAUAUACGAAGAAAUAGAAAAAGAUAUGACGUUACUAGGUGCUACUGCCAUUGAGGAUAAAUUACAAGAUGGUGUACCCCAAACCAUUGCGAAUUUAGGACUCGCUGGCAUAAAAGUGUGGGUAUUAACAGGUGAUAAACAAGAAACGGCUAUCAACAUUGGUUACUCGUGUCAGCUGCUAACAGAUGAUCUGACCGAUGUCUUUGUAGUAGAUGCUACUACUUACGAUGGGGUUGAAACUCAAUUGAGACGAUAUUUGGAAACUAUCAAGACAGCCUCUAGCCAUCAGAAUCGGCCAACUCUCUCCAUUGUCACAUUCAGGUGGGACAAGGAAAGCAGUGAUACGGAAUAUAAUCCGAGUAGAGACGAGCAGGAUGAACAUGAAAUGGAGCAAGCUAUGGGUUUUGCAGUGGUUAUCAAUGGACAUUCCUUAGUGCACGCAUUGCAUCCACAGCUUGAUCAACUUUUUCUCGAAGUAUCAAGCCAAUGUAAAUCUGUGAUAUGUUGUCGUGUAACACCUUUACAAAAAGCAAUGGUCGUUGAAUUAAUUAAAAAGAAUAAAAAUGCUGUCACUUUGGCGAUUGGAGAUGGAGCUAAUGAUGUUUCGAUGAUAAAGACAGCUCAUAUUGGCGUUGGUAUUAGUGGACAGGAAGGAUUGCAAGCUGUACUAGCCUCCGAUUAUUCGAUAGGGCAAUUUAGGUUUUUAGAAAGAUUGUUACUUGUCCAUGGCAGGUGGUCAUAUUAUAGAAUGAGCAAGUUCCUUAGGUACUUCUUUUAUAAAAAUUUUGCAUUCACUCUCUGCCAUAUCUGGUUCGCCUUCUUCUGUGGAUUCAGCGCACAGACAGUGUUUGAUCCAAUGUACAUUUCUGUCUAUAAUCUAUUUUAUACGUCACUACCAGUUUUGGCGGUUGGCAUAUUUGAUCAAGAUGUUAAUGAUAAAAAUAGCCUAAUGUAUCCAAAGCUAUAUGCACCUGGACUUCAAAAUCUUCUCUUUAACAAAAAAGAAUUUUGUUGGAGCGCUCUACAUGGUUUUUUUGCUAGUUGCGUGUUAUUUUUAGUACCCUAUGGAACAUACAAGGAUGGAGUAUCACCAAAGGGCUAUGUACUUUCAGACCAUAUGCUGCUGGGCAGUGUUGUAGCUACAAUAUUAGUUAUAGUUGUAACAGUUCAAAUUGCUCUUGACACAUCAUAUUGGACAGUUGUUAAUCAUAUUAUGGUGUGGGGCUCGUUGAUAUGGUAUUUUAUUUUAGAUUACUUUUAUAACUUCGUCAUAGGAGGUAGUUACGUUGGCAGUCUUACAAUGGCUAUGUCAGAAGCAACAUUUUGGUUCACGACAGUUAUAACAUGUAUAAUCCUAGUGAUACCAGUUCUUUCGUGGAGGUUCUUCUUUAUGGAUGUUAAACCAACACUCUCUGAUAGAGUAAGAUUGAAACAAAGAUUAGCGCAAUUGCGUUCUCGACAGAGUCAGGACAUUUUGCGUACUCCAUCAACGAGACGCACGCGACGAUCUUUGCGUUCGGGUUACGCAUUUGCACAUCAAGAAGGUUUCGGACGACUUAUUACAUCUGGAAAAAUCAUGCGCAAAUUACCAAAUGGUGCAGAUUUUAAGUUCGCUAUGCCAUUUACUAAUAAUGUUACUAAACAAGUUAAUGUUGCUACUACGUCGCCAAAGGAGAAUGCAUCUCGGAAUUCGCACACAUUGGAUGCUAUUACUCUGUGAAUCUUUAAGUUAAUCACAGUGUUGCACAUGUAUAUGUACAUCUAUAAAAGAAAGAAAAAAAAAACAAAAACAUGGGAAUAAAACAUUCUUCUGCUGUUCUUACUUGUAUUAUAUGCUAUUUCUAUAAAAAAA